UGCGCGCGCAGCGCAGGCGCACUUCCGCUCGUCCCGCGGUGGCGGCGGCGGCGGCGCCCUGUUCCGCGCGGGGCAUGGUCCCCGGGUCGGAGGGCCCGGCCCGAGCCGGGGGCCUGGUGGCCGACGUGGUGUUCGUCAUCGAGGGCACGGCCAACCUGGGGCCCUACUUCGAGGCGCUCCGCAAGCACUACCUGCUGCCGGCCAUCGAGUACUUCAACGGUGGGCCGCCCGCCGAGACGGACUUCGGCGGAGACUAUGGGGGGACCCAGUACAGCCUCGUGGUGUUCAACACCGUGGACUGCGCCCCCGAGUCGUACGUGCAGUGUCACGCGCCCACCAGCAGCGCCUACGAGUUCGUCAGCUGGCUGGACGGCAUUAAGUUCAUGGGCGGGGGCGGUGAGAGCUGCAGCCUCAUCGCCGAAGGCCUCAGCACAGCCCUGCAGCUGUUCGACGACUUCAAGAAGAUGCGGGAGCAGAUCGGCCAGACGCACCGCGUGUGCCUGCUGAUCUGCAACUCCCCCCCGUAUCUGCUGCCCGCCGUGGAGAGCACCACGUACUCGGGCUGCACGACCGACAGCCUGGUGCAGAAGAUUGGGGAGCAGGGAAUCCACUUCUCCGUCGUGUCCCCCCGCAAGCUGCCUGCGCUGCGGCUUCUGUUUGAGAAGGCGGCGCCCCCGUCCUUGCUGGAGCCGCUGCAGCCGCCGGCCGACGUGAGCCAGGACCCGAGGCACAUGGUGCUGGUGCGGGGCCUCGUGCUGCCUGUUGGGGGUGGCUCGGCGCCAGGCCCCCUGCAGCCAAAACAGCCGGUCCCGCUGCCUCCUGCUCCGUCCUCGGGUGCCGCACUCGCAGCCCCCCAGCAGCCUCUGCCGCCCGUGCCGCCGCAGUACCAGGUCCCUGGGAACCUGAGUGCAGCUCAGGUCGCCGCCCAGAACGCCGUGGAGGCCGCCAAGAACCAGAAGGCUGGCCUGGGCCCCCGCUUCUCGCCCAUCAACCCUCUCCAGCAAGCUGCCUCGGGAGUGGGUGCCCCCUUCAGCCAGGCCGCUGCGCCCCCACUCCCUCCAGGACCCCCUGGUGCCCCCAAGCCACCGCCUGCUUCCCAGCCUAGCCUGGUCUCCACUGUGGCCCCUGGCGCGGGCCUGGCGCCCUCUGCCCAGCCUGGGGCACCGUCCAUGGCCGGCACAGUGGCCCCUGGCGGGGUGAGCGGCCCCUCCCCGGCCCAGCUGGGGACCCCGGCCCUCGGCGGGCAGCAGUCGGUCUCCAACAAGCUCCUGGCCUGGAGCGGGGUCCUCGAGUGGCAGGAGAAACCCAAACCCGCCUCCGUGGACGCCAACACGAAGCUGACGCGGUCCCUGCCCUGCCAGGUCUACGUGAAUCAUGGGGAGAACCUGAAGACCGAGCAGUGGCCUCAGAAGCUGAUCAUGCAGCUCAUCCCCCAGCAGCUGCUGACCACGCUGGGCCCGCUGUUCCGGAACUCGAGGAUGGUGCAGUUCCACUUCACCAACAAGGACCUGGAGUCCCUGAAGGGGCUCUACCGCAUCAUGGGCAACGGCUUCGCGGGCUGCGUGCACUUCCCCCACACGGCCCCGUGCGAGGUGCGCGUGCUCAUGCUGCUGUACUCCUCCAAGAAGAAGAUCUUCAUGGGCCUCAUCCCCUACGACCAGAGCGGCUUCGUCAACGGCAUCCGGCAGGUCAUCACCAACCACAAGCAGGUGCAGCAGCAGAAGCUGGAGCAGCAGCGAGGGAUGGGGGCGCAGCAGGCACCCCCGGGACUGGGCCCCAUCCUGGAGGACCAGGCGAGGCCCUCGCAGAAUCUGCUCCAGCUCCGCCCACCGCAGCCCCAGCCUCAGGGCACUGUGGGGGCCUCUGGAACCGCGGGGCAGCCCCAGCCCCAGGGUACGUCCCAGACCCCCCCGGGGGCCCCCCAGGGUCCUCCUGGAGCAGCGCCCGGCCCAGCCCCUCCUGGACCCAUCCUCCGGCCCCAGAACCCUGGGGCCAACCCCCAGCUGCGAAGCCUCCUCCUCAACCCUCCCCCGCCCCAGACGGGGGUGCCCCCACCCCAGGCCUCCCUCCACCACCUCCAGCCACCAGGGGCGCCCACGCUGCUGCCCCCACCGCACCAGGGCCUGGGGCAGCCCCAGCUGGGGCCCCCGCUCCUGCACCCGCCACCCACUCAGUCCUGGCCGGCACAGCUCCCCCCGCGGGCUCCACUGCCAGGUCAGAUGCUGCUGAGCGGGGGUCCCCGGGGCCCGGUCCCCCCGCCGGGCCUGCAGCCCAGCGUCAUGGAGGACGACAUCCUCAUGGAUCUCAUCUGAACCCGCCCCCAAUAAAGUUCCUUUUAACACCC